AAGUCUACGAUACCAGGCUGCUUUCUCCUCAGUUUAUUAGUUUCACGCAUGCCCGGAUUACGGUUUUCCCUGGCUCUUGUAAACAAACUGUGACUGUGAAGAUGGAAAUGUCCAAUAACACACUUUUUGAUCCGAGAUGCAGAGAAGAGGCUCCGUUCUCUAUCGAUGUAAUUAAGCAGUUGGAUAUCUUUGGCAUAGUCCUCUUCUCUGUGCUGACGUUAAUGGCCACAGUGUCUAUGCUGGUUUUCAUUGAAGAAUGCAUCUACAUCUAUAAGAAAGUACCGGCAAAUAAGAAAAGUAUAAUCAUCUGGGUAACCGGAGCAGCACCAGUCAUUGCUACCAUGUGUUGUUUGGGCAUGUGGGUUCCAAGGGCCACAAUGUUCACUGACAUGACAUCAGCCACAUACUUUGCAGUUGUGGUCUUUAAGUUCUUAAUUCUCAUGAUUGAAGAGGUUGGAGGAGAUCAGGCUUUUCUCAGGCGCUCGGAAAAAAAGUCGUUUAAGAUCAGUACUGGACCUUGCUGCUGCUGCUGCCCAUGUCUGCCAAAUGUCCCCAUCUCAAGACGAUCUCUGUUUAUAUUGAAACUGGGAUCCUACCAGUUUGCACUGUUGAAAUUAGUCUUCACCAUCCUCUCUAUAGUCCUUUGGACGAAUGGCAACUUUAGUUUAGCUGAUGUUUCGGCUUCUGGAGCAGCUAUAUGGAUAAACUCAUUUAUAGGCGUUCUCACCAUUAUCGCCCUUUGGCCUGUUGCAAUCAUGUUCAUGCAUGUGCGAGAGGCUCUACGAACCCUUAAAAUGAUCCCUAAAUAUGCCAUGUAUCAGUUGGUGCUGAUUCUUAGCCAGCUGCAAACUGCUGUCAUUAACAUACUGGCAAUGAAUGGGACUAUUGCCUGCGCACCACCCUACACCUCCCAGGCCCGUGGAUCCUUAAUGAGUCAGCAGCUGUUGAUCGUGGAGAUGUUCAUCAUCACGCUAGUGACUCGUGUUUUAUAUAGACGUCAGUAUGACCCCAUACCAGAGCCAGAUGAUGUUGAGGAGACAAAGACUGUCAUAAGCGCAAGAGACUUAGCAUGAGAAGAACAGAACUGUUGUGUGUAAAUGAGAUUGUUAUAUAUUUGGGGCCGGUUUGUUGGGAAAAAAAAUAAUUUGUCAACAAUGAUGGUCAUUAACUUUGUAUUUUCUAUAUGCAUGUACAUGCUAGUAUCUUAUAUUUUGUCAGAUAUGUUUUUUAUUGUGGUUACUGCGAGUUAUUGGGCAGCAAAAUUUGACUGUAGAGUCAACCAUGACUUUGAGGGCCCUGAUAUUAAUGUUUACACUUUGUAUUAGGUGCGUCAGUCUGGAGAUUUACUUUAAGUUCCAGUUCUUCCUUGGAAUGCUUGGUCUGUGUAUUUUUUUUUUUUUUUUUUUGAUAGGACCACAAA